UCCAAAAUGUCUAGUGAUUACUAUUUCCAACAGUGGCAAAAAGCUAUUCAGAAGUUAGAACGAACAAUCAUUGUAGAUUUGGAUUAUCAGGAACAUAAAGCACACGACAAAGAGUUGUGUGAUGCUGUCCUUAGAAUUUCUGGAGUACUGGGGAGCUACAUGUCUUGCUACAAUGAUGCAUUGGACUGUCUACAACAUAAUCUGCAGGUCCAGAAGAUAGUGUAUAUGCAAAAGAUUAUAAAAUCCAUUGUAUCCAGGAUUUUAGAACUCAAAGAACAACUUCGUAAACUUGAUGGCAGCUAUUAUGAGUACCUUUGUGGAGAUCCAGAAGAGAAUUUUGACGAGACACCCAGUGAACCCAAAAUUGAUAAUUGGUGGGAUCAGCCUGACGAUGCUAAAGAAAUAACAAAACCAAAGGGAAUAAAUAUUACAGCAAUUUAUGAAGUUGAAGAGAAAAUAUCAGAAGAGACACUAACAAGAAAGAAAUUGUUAUCUCUCAUACAAGCACAUGAAAAGACACGACAAAUCACACAACGAAACAUACUGAGACAACAAAGACGAAUACUUUGGGAAAAAGAACUAAGUGGGACGUUAAAGCCACCAGCAAGUUUGGAGAUCAGGGAAAGAGGGGCUAAAAUUAUUCAAAAAGUGAUAAGGAAGUAUUUUGAACUGAAGCGAAUAAGAAUAAAACAUUGUAAAAUUCAAGAACUAUUAGGCAUGAACGUUUGUAGACACAUAAAUCACAACAGUUUUCAAGACAGGGAAAGGCAGCUUUAUUUGGGACGAUGUAAGCUCAUCGACGAAUUGAAUGAGAAAUGGAAAAACGACUACAUUAAUAAGAAAAAUAUUUUCUUAAAACAAAGGAAAGAUUCAGUUGCUGAUGAUUAUCGCGAUUAUAUUCGAGAUUGGUUUAAGCGAUGGUUCGAUGAAGUACAGUUUUUCCAUGUGAUACCCAAAGAGAGUCGAGGUGGACUGGUAAAUAUAAUAAAAGAAGAAUUACCGACACCGUCUGAGUGGUUAGAAUUGUACAAGACAUAUGUGGAACAAAAGAAAGCUAAAAAGAAUAAAACAGCAGCUGAGCUUAAAUAUGAGAAAAUGGAAGCUAAAAGAGAAGAGUUGAUAAUAAAAAAGGAGGAAAUAAGAAAAAAGAAGCUGGAAGCAGAGUUGUUGAAGAAAAUCAUGAAAAAUCCAAAUAUGCAUCCAGGAUACAAUUUCCCAGCUUCAAAGAAAAUUAUUCCUUUAAUAGAGUCUAUCGAAGAUUAUAAAACUCAUUGGUCAGACUGGGAUAAAUUGAAUAUUUUAGAAGUUAAAAAAGGAUUUAUAAACGAAAUAGAUAUACAAAAUAUAUAUUGUGAGGCUAAUGAAGAAAUUUUACUAUCAAUUGAUGAAGAUAUAAGAAGGGAAUAUCAGAUGCUAAUGGCAGCUUUAAAAGAAGACUAUAAAAUAAAUGAGGUAGAAAUGCCAGAAUAUAUAAAGGAAAGUUCGCAACGAGUCAAAAAGAAACGAAAACCUAAAAUAGUGCAAAAGGACGUUUUAUUUGAUAAAUUGUGUGAAUUAGCUGUGAAAGGCAUCCUCGUUGAAUAUCCUACAACAGAGAUUGAAGAUUUUUUGGGCGAUUACAACUAUGCAGGCGACAAACUAAAAUGUGACUUAAAACUAGUCCACCCGUUUGGUGGUGAAACCCGUAGUGUAUGGUGGGAGAGAUGUCGUGAAGUGAUCCAUGGGUUUAGAAGGAUUCUCCUCAUCGGACCGAGGGGGAGCGGCAAAACUGUUUUAGUUCACACAAUGGCAACUAUUAAUGUUGGCGAAGCAACAAAUUUCACUGCACUGAGGAAGCUGUUAGUGAAACGGUUAACGAGAAAGAUUCAACAAACAGACAAAAUUUCUCUUAUAGGAACGUGUGUUGUUCCUUGGUUAACCAAAAGCACACAGAUCACCAAACAUUUUCCGACUGUGGUACUUAUGCCGCCCACUGUGUAUUCAACUACGCAGCUUAUAUUAAGGAAUUGGGUUUCAAGCAACAGAAUAUUACCGCCUUCAUUGGACAUACAGAGCCUCGCACAUCAAUUGCAGGGACAUUCUGUAGGAUAUCUCAAGAGAAAGCUAGAAGCAUUCAUAACUGCGAAUCGAAGCAUCAAAAUAGCGGCCAGUGGAUUGUCCCCUGAAGAAGUCUACGAUUAUUUUUUACAAGACGACGAAGAACCAGAGGUUAGUAGCAUUGAUUUCCUGCUACCUGGGAUAUUAAGGAUGCGUAGUAGACCAGGUAGAUUAACGGGUGACCAUGAGAAGUACCACAAAUGGUACAUUGAGAAAACUCACUGGGGAAAUAUAGAAAAGAAACAUAUCGAAGACCAAAUUGAAUUCAGAAUCAACGUUGAACGUUGGGAGGAAAAAAUGGAAAAGAAAAAGAAUAAAAUAAUUAUUUGA